GAAUUUCAAGCCCCGCUUUCACCUUCAGAUCCCUUUAUAUAAACGAACCCAGUCUACUUGCCCAAUUGCCACAAUCAACAGAAGUUGAUAACUUCCAAGUCACACAAAUAUUUGUGGAGAAAAUGUCAGGCCGUGGAAAGGGAGGCAAGGGAUUGGGCAAGGGAGGAGCAAAGCGCCACCGUAAGGUGCUCCGAGAUAACAUUCAGGGCAUCACGAAGCCGGCAAUUCGGAGGCUGGCUAGAAGGGGUGGAGUGAAGAGAAUCAGUGGGCUGAUCUACGAGGAGACCAGAGGGGUUCUCAAGAUCUUCUUGGAGAAUGUGAUUCGCGACGCCGUCACUUACACAGAGCACGCUAGGAGGAAGACCGUCACCGCCAUGGAUGUAGUUUACGCUUUGAAGAGGCAGGGCAGGACUCUCUAUGGCUUCGGUGGUUGAAUUUUGGGUGGAUUGGCCCGCCCCUUUGUCUUUCCUUCUUUUUUCCUUUAUUUUUUUUGCAAUGGGUUUUUAGGUAAACGGGGCGCUACUUUGAUCCGGUUGGGUUUGAUCAAUGUAAUUGAAUCAAGUUUCAAUUUUAUGAGAAAUUCAGUUAAAAUUCAGUUAGU